AUGUCUAGUGUCUAUUAUACUCAGGCUACAAAUUAAUUUCAGAAAUGAAUUUCAAGUACAAAAACAUUUUCAUCCUGAAUCGUUUUUUUACAACGAUAACACUCGCGACUUUUAAAACACUUGGCAAUUAUUUGCUCAUAAAACACUGGAUUAUCCUAUCAGGUUCUAUAUUUUCGCGAAUCUCCGAUUCGAAACGAGUCAUUUGCGUCCUCGAUACGGCAGGACGUACUCACUCCGUAGUAAUUCUAAUGAAUUAUCGACGACUCGAAGUAACUCGGUUUUAUCUCCUCAGGGUUAUCAGGUCAAUUCUUUCCUCAUUCCAAUUGCGCUACAGAGUCAGCAUCCAUUACGGUUUUUUCCUGAAGUAAUAUCUUGUUCUUUCCACGGUCAUUGUCUAGACCACGAAAAACGCGAUCUUGUCAUCAAUUAUUAAUUAUUUAAUUGCGAGGGUAAAUUUUCGGAUUUUCUGGUUACCAGUGACUGCAUGUAGUGAGAUUAAAAUUCAAUACGCUUCACUUAAAAAUUUAAUGUAGAAGUGGAAUGGUUCCAAGAUACGAUGUCGGAAGCGCAGUUUCCCUGCAGAGGGUGCCAUUACAAGCACCUCCCCGGAGAAAACCGAAAAUAAUUCCGUCAGUAGUAAAAAAAAGUGGAACAGCUAAUUCAACUGAGGCAUCUGACAUUCAGAGUCCUAAUUCGACUAUCACCAGUGUGAACAGCAUCAGCAGUCUAUUAAAGGAAAAACUGCAGUUCACAUUGCCCCAGGCAUUGAGGAGUAGUAAAAGACGACAGAAUGCUGACUAUAGACUGCGGGCAUUUGUGGGGAUUUUAUUCUUCUGCGUGGUGCUACUCGUUGCCUUUGCACAUUUCUUUUAUACUCAGUACGUGCUGCAGCAUGCAUACUACGACAAAUUUAGGUUCAACAAGAAUGAACGCUUGCUCUGCAUCUACAGUAACCUGGGCUCCGAAAUAGUAUCCGCCCGUCUCGGCCAGGGAAUUCCUCCGGAUACCGGUGUCUUCCCCUGCCUCUCAGAGCACCAGAAGUCAGACUCAGUCUGUUUAGAAUGGCUGCAUUAUUCUCGACUCUACUUGUCCCACAUAAAUCUCAACGGCAUGCACUGUUACACCCUGACAUGGCAGUCCCUGAGCCCGACAUUCAACCCCCAGGACUGCUUCGACUGGUCGCCGAAGCGAGGCCACUGGUAUGGGGCAGGUCAACUCAAGAGUAUGGCGUAUCCUCUGGAGCAAGGAAAACUCGAGAUGAGUCCAUUCGUAACGGGUGAUAUCCAGAAGCACCCCUUCGGCAAUGUUCUCAAACGAUAUUUCCUCAACUCCCGGGGUGGUACCAUUAUCGUGGACCCUCAGUCUCCCCUCUACAUCUCAAUAAACGCAAACAGAAGUCGUGAAUUCUGUCUUCAGGCGAAACACGAUGAUUUCGCCUACAUAAAUCAUCUGACUCGUCUUCCACAGUUGAAUUACACGAUAUGCGCCACUGACAACAUGAAGAAUCUCCACUCCUCGAUGGCGGAGAAGUCCCUUUGGGAUGGAUUAAAACCUGAUGAGUCGCAGGCUGUCGAUGCCCUACUAUCCGAGCCUGUCUGGCAGAUAUCACCUACCAACGAAGCUGCUAUCUACAAUUACACUGAAGAUAUCAUAGCCCUCGGCUUUCUGAGGCAGGGACACGUGCUGCUGGAUGCCGAGUGGCAGAAGAGUCCUGGGGAUUUCACUCUGGAUGACGCGAGAUUUCCCUCCAUGGAGGAGACCAUCAACAUCAUUCGAAGGAGAGGAUUCAGAAUUGUUCUGACUAUUCAGCCCUUUAUUUCUACUGAGUCUAUUAAUUUUAAAGAGGCUGUCGACAAUAGGCUGCUCAUUUCGGAGAGAGGAAGUGAUCCGAGAAUUCCAGCGUUGACAAGAUACGGUCGCAGUAAUAGCGCAGGAGUCCUGGACAUCACGAACAACAGAUCAAUCCCCUGGCUCCAAGGAAAACUCCACAAUCUAACAAAGAAAUUCCACCUGGAGGCAUUUUACCUCGACCUAGGGACAGCUCAUGACAUGCCACAUUAUUAUAAAUGUGAGGAGCCCCUGACCAAUCCUGAUCACUACAAAACCCUCUUCACGAAUGCCGUAAUCGGGACGAUUCCGGUUCUUGGAGUGUCCAGUGCCAUAUCCAGACCAAAAGCUCCGAUCUUCGUGUCCCUUCCUCCAUUUCCAUCGUCCUGGAAAGCGAUAAAAAACGUGAUACCGACAAUUUUGAAUUACGGAAUAAUUGGAUUCCCAUUUAUUAUGCCAGGGGCUGUGGGUGGGGACGUGGACCUUCCAAAGUCUGAUAACAAUCCAAACAACGAUUUUGCAGUGAGUCUUCCUGACAAAGAGCUCUACAUCAGAUGGCUGCAGCUCUCGACAUUCCUACCUGUCAUCAGAUUCACUCAUCUCCCCAGUAAAUACUCGGAUGAGCCUCUCCUGGAGAUGGCCAAGGCUCUGACGACCUUGAGACAGAAGAUAGUGACACCCCUGUUGAAGAAAUACGUCAACGAAACGUUGGAGUCAGGUGUACCCAUCAUCAGACCCCUUUGGAUGCUGGACCCGGUGGAUCCAGCCUGUCACAUCGUCAUGGACGAAUUUUCCGUUGGAGAGGAGCUCAUUGUCGCUCCAAUUCUCUACUCCGGGAGCAGGCAGAGAGAGGUCUACCUGCCAGCUGGUAUCUGGAGGGACGGCAUCGACGGAAGCCUCAGGAAAGGCUCCAGGUGGAUUCACAAUUAUCGAGUCGCUGAAGAUAAAGUCGCUUAUUUCGUAAAAGUACCCGAUAAUACGAGAUUCUAGGAGAAGAGUGUCGACUGAUAGUUCUGAAGAUUUACAAUAAAUAAUUACUCAAUUGUUUAA